AUGGUCAAGGCCUUUAACAAGAAGAAGUCGAAGCGUGGAACCGCCCGUCAAAAGUUCAAGAUCGAAAAGAACGUCCGCGAGCACGCCAGGAAGCAGAGGAAGCUCGCCAAGAAUGACCCUACAUGGCGCUCAAAAUUGAAGAAGGAUCCGGGAAUUCCCAACUUGUUCCCCUAUAAGGAGAAGUUGCUUUCGGAGAUUGAGGAAAAGAAGAGGAGAUUUGCUGAGGAGAAGUUGCGCAAGAAGAUGGAGAACCAGGCAGCUGGUAAUGCACCAGAGGAGGAGGACGACGAGAAUGAUGUGGAGGACGAAGACGAGAUGUACGACGAUGAGGAUCUGGAUGAGUCUGGCGAGACUGGUGCUUUGGCUGCGUUGGAGGAGUACGACGACGAUGAGGACAUGAUGGACGAAGAUGAGGAGAUGGAGGAAGAGUCUGAGGGAGAGUACGAGGAACAGGUUGAUGCUGUCGCAGACCGUCAGGGCAUCACCACCAAAGAGACCUCAAGAAAAGCAUAUGACAAGCAGUUCAAGAGCGUCGUGGAGAGGGCAGAUGUCAUCCUAUACGUUUUGGACUCGCGUGAUCCCGAAGGUACCAGAUCUCGUGCUGUGGAGAAGCAGGUCGCCGCCGCCGAGGGUGGUAACAAGCAGCUCUAUUUCGUCCUCAACAAGAUCGACCUCGUGCCACCGCACGUCCUCGAGGGCUGGGUCAAGCACCUUAGCAGAUCAUACCCCGCCGUUCCCUUCCGUUCCUCAAAUUCCUCGCCUGCUGGAAACCCUUUCAACCACAACGGCAAGACCCUCAGGUCGACCACGAACGACCUUAUCACCACCUUGAAGGCCGAUGCUGACAAGCGCGGUAUCAAGCGUUCGCUUGCUAUCGGUGUUAUCGGUUACCCUAACGUUGGAAAAUCGUCUAUCAUCAACGCUCUCGUUUCUCGUGGUGGAUUGCAGAAGAAGGCACCUGCACCAACUGGUGGCGAGGCUGGUUUGACCAAGAGCAUCCGUGAGGUCAAGCUCGAUGGAUCCAUCAAGCUUAUCGACAUGCCUGGUAUCGUCUUCCCUGGAUCUUCCAAGAAGCUCUCCAAGGAAGAGGAACAAGCACGUCUCGUCCUCCUCAACGCCAUUCCUCCUUCCCAGAUUACCGACCCUAUCCCUGCGGCUACCCUCAUCCUUCAGAAGCUUACCGGUUCAGAGGAGCUCAUGGACCGUCUCUUGAAGCACUACGAUUUGCCCCCUCUCGUUACCGGUACUGGCCGUGUCGCUGACGAGGCUACCGACUUCUUAGUUCAGGUAGCACGUAAGCGCGGAAGGAUCGGACGUGGUGGUAUCCCCAACAUCAACGCCGCUGCUACUUUGGUUGUUAACGACUGGUGCUCUGGUCGUGUUAUGUGGUACAAUGAGCCUCCUCAUGUUGAGGCUGUUGUUGCGCAGGCUGCUGGACAGGCCCCUCAGGCCGCUGAGAACGGUGAUGUUAAGACUGUCGUUACGGAGUUUGCGAAGGAGUUCGAUAUCGAUGCUCUUACGGGCGGUGCUAUGGAGGAGUAGGUUCAAGCUUGGGGAGACAUUUUUGGCAUAGGUAGUGUUUAGGUUUUUGGUUAGGUCGUCAAAUGUUAUCCAUUAGAGUUACAAUGUCUGCAAGUGUGCUCAC